AUGAACGAGCAGCUGGAACUUAAAGACAAAGAGAUCCUGAGACUCAAAGAGGAGAACCAGAGUCUAUCUGAUGCUCUCAAAGCUGCCCACAACCUGCAGAGAGAUGAAGAUAAAUCUCUGGAAGACAAUAAAGAGCUGCAACAUCAGAGAAAGGCCCUCGACAAGGAAAGAGAAGAGGCGCAGAGAGACAAGAAACUGCUGCAAGAGGAGAAGAUCUUUCUGAAGAAGCAGCAACAAGAGGUCCUGACAAAUCAGAAAGAGAUUGAACGGAAGGGCAAAGAACUGCAAGAAGAGAAGUUCUUUCUGGAGAAACAGCAAGAAGAACUCCAGACAAAUCAGAAAGACCUCCAGUUUAAGAGCAAAGAAUUGGAAGAAGAGAAGAACUUUCUGAAAAAGCACAAAACAGAAGUCCUGACAAUCCAGAAAGCACUUGAGGAGAAGGACAAAGGACUGCAAGAAGGAAAGAUGCUUCUAGAGAUGCAGAAAAAAGAGAUCCAGAAAAAUAAGAGAGAGCUCGAGCAGCAGAGGAAAGAUCUGCAAAUGGAGAAGAUCUCACUUCUCAAUUUGAAAAAAGAUGUGCAGAGAAACAUGAAACAGCUGGAGCAGAAGAACUACCAGCUGCAAGACGAGGAGGAGGAGCUCCAGCAGGACAGAAAAGAGCUGUGGAACGAAAAACAAGCAUCAGAGGUGAUGAAGAAAGAGCUGCAAGCUAAGAAGAAAGAACUUGAAGAGACUCAGAAACUUCUAGAAGCUCACAAUGCAGACGUGAACAAAGAGAAGACAGAAGUGGAGCAGCAGAGGAAGAUUCUGGACGAGAAACAGAAAGAACUGGAUGAGGUGAAGGAGAAAAUGAAGGAGGCUUAUGUGAAGAUGAAAGAGGAGAAGAAAAAUUUUAAAAAAGACAUGAAGAAACUAGAGAUGGAGAACAAGAGCGAGAUCCUGGAAGAAGAAAAACUGGAAAUCCAGGGAAAGAUUGUCAAACUGGAGAAAGAAAAGACAAAGCUAGAAGAAGAGAAUACAGGACUCCAGGACAAGAAAAAAGAACUGGAGCAGGAAAAGACAGAAAUGGAGGUGAAGCAUGAGAAUCUGCAUAACGAGAACCAAGAACUGAAGCAGCAGAAAACAGAAACAGACGACAGAAACAAAGAGCUGCAAGAAGCCAAGAUGAAGCUGCAGCAAGAGAUUCAAGACCUGGAGGCGAAGCAGCAAGAAAAGGAGCAAAACAAGAGGAAGAAGAAGAAGAAGGUGGGCUGCUGGAGCUGGAUGUUCAGGAAGUCCUGAUGUGGACGAGGCUGAUGAGCUUCCUCUGACUCACCCCUUCCUCACCCUCCACUCCCCCUUUUUCUCCCUCCUUCAACUCUCAUCCUCCUUCUGCCUCCACCUUCCCCAUCCUUCCUCCAUCUCAUCUUCACCUCUCCAUCCUCCAUCUCAUCUUCACCUCUCCAUUCUCCCUCUAUCAUCCAAAAAAAACCUUCCUCACCUCCUCAACCUCACCCCAUCUUCUUCCUACCUCACCCCAUCACCCUUUUCCUCUAUCUACUCCCUCUAUUAAACCCAAAAUCCCAGCAAAAAAUCCCUAAAAAAAUAAAAAAACCCUCAAAAAUAUUUCUUUCUGUUCCUGCAUAUUCUCCAUGUUAUUUAUUACCUCAGUUCAAUUACCAGUGUUGCUUUUUACUCUUCUAUUUUAGCUGUAAUUUAAUUCACUUAUUUUAUUUCAGUAAUGUGAAUGAAAGCUUAUUUGCAGAUACACUAAUGUCUACAA